GUUGGUGGUUGGUUGUUAGUUGUUGGUCAGACUGCAGAUUGUGAUUGCGUGUCAAAACGUGUAUUCACCGAGAAAUCCGUUCCAUCUUUGCCGACUCCGAGCUCCGAGCCGAUUGUGGACUCGGGCUGAGACCAAUUUAUACCAAAAUGGGGAUGGCGAGCCAAUUAGCGCGGUCAAGCUGAAACCGCGUGGCGAUCUAAUCUUAUCUGAUCCGAGAGUGCAGUAGGCAGAACCCUUGGAUCGCUUAGGAAGUCACCAGUCAUCCUUCGUUGGUACUUUGUAUUCUUGCUCAUAAAAUACUGGUUUUCAUUCCUUUUCUCUCUUCUUUCCCAUCUUGUUGUCCUUUUUUCCCUUUUUAUACCCAUUCAUGUUAAACAGUACUUGUCGGGAUUUAUAUGUUUUUUAUGAUAUUUAGACGAUAUAAGCGACAGCAAAGGACUUGUUAGAUUCUCCGUCUCCGGUUAUACACAUAUUUGGACCCGACACAUCCGGAUUCCGGAUACAGGUAAAGAUGUUGGAAAAGCCGCUCCUUAUAAUCGACGGCGUCGGCUACGUCUUGUCGUUUCUCAUCUCAGCUCUCCGGCGUUCACUAUCCUUCCGCCUGAAACUUCUAGGACACUCGAUGUCAUCGUCUAAAGCCUCAUCUUCCUCGGAGCCGAAGAAACCCCGAAAUAUUGUUAUUGUGGGGGCUUCCAUCGCGGGUUACACGGCUGCGCGGACUAUUGCGCAGUACUUGUUGCCCAACUCAGAAUACCGCGUUGUCGUCAUCGAACCCCGUGAUCGUUUCUACUUUACCUGGGUCUUACCCCGAUUCUGCGUCGUAGAAGGCCAUGAGCACAAGGUCUUCAUCCCGUUCGGCGGAUACCUUCCCGCCGGCUCACUAGAGGCCGACGGAGGUAAAGUCGCCUGGAUUAGGGACCGCGUCGCGAGCAUCUCGCGCGAAAGUGUAAGCUUGCAGUCCGGUGGCGAGGAGAUCCCGUACGAGUUCCUAGUUGUGGCUACCGGCGCAGGUGCUACAGACUCUCUGCCUAGCCGUGUACCGGCCGACAACAAGGUCCAAGGAAUGGAGCUUAUGAGGGAGAUGCAGAAGCGGAUCCGUGAGUCUAAGGAUCUAGUUAUUGUGGGUGGAGGAGCUGCCGGCGUUGAGUUGGCGACGGACGCGAAGUCGAAGUACCCGGAGAAGAGGGUCGUCUUGGUGCAUUCGAGAGAUGCGGUUAUGCAUCGUUUCGGACCGGAACUACAGACUACAGCGCGGAAAGGAAUUGAAGAGCUCGGGAUUGAACUCAUCACCGGCGAUAGAGUGGUCAGCGAGAAUAAAGAAAAGGGAAUUGCCGUUUUGAAGAGUGGCAAGGAGAUUGUGUGCGAUUACUUGGUGAACUGCACUGGACAGCGGCCCGACUCUAAGCUUCUUGCUGCUUUAAGUCCGGCGUCUAUCUCGGAGUCAGGCCACAUUCUCACCAAGCCGACCCUACAGAUACAGGAUGACUCGCUACCUAACGUCUAUUGCUGUGGUGAUGUAUCUGAGACUAACACGACACAUCCCAACUCGCGGUCUGCGAUGCGUCAAGCUCAGGUUGUUGCCUAUAACGUGAUUUCCGGUACCGACGGCAAGAUACCGAGGGAGAAAUACAUCCCACAUUGGAUGGAUGGCAUGAUUAAGCUGACUUUGGGACUUGAUAAGUCAGUUGCGAAUGUUGGCGAUGGAAAGACUGAGUUUCUCUUCCCAGCGGUAGAAAAGGACGAAGCCCUAAUGGCCGCGGGGGCUUGGCAUAAACUGGGUGCCAAACCCUUCGAAGACACAGGAUCUGAAUUCUUGGCCAAGAUCAAGGCUAAGAUUUGAAUGAGGGUUGAAUAGGAUGUUUAACUGCAUCCUUCUUACAGCUUAACUUUCGUUUAAGGAGUACUAAUAUCACUGACGUCAAGGAUACUAGGUGGGAUUGGAGUUAUGGGAUGAGAUUGAUGGCGUCACGAUGUAAUAGAAUUAGACAUCUAUAUUACUAAUAAUCUUGGUCAGAAGAUACCUUAGAGUUCUAAACA